AUGGCCAAGUCGGUCUCAGCCCGGCAAACAAAGCGUCACAAGGAAACAGAUAAAAUUUUGAAAGAUGAAACUGCAGACGAAUUUUAUAUCUGCUCCAAACCCCAGGUCAAAUAUAAGAGGAAGCAGCAGAGGCCCGAAGAUUCUACAUCUGUUCGCAGUCCGAUGAGAGUACAUUCUCAAAGAACUGAACGAAAGCGCACAAAAAGCGAAAUAGCAACAGUAGGCCAAAAUUUACAGCAACAACAACAACCCAGAACAUCCGGCCAAAGGGCACCCGACGUAUGCGAGGGGCGUACGCUUUUCAUAAGGUACAUCCACGUCAUUUUGGGGAUAAUCAGAGACGGCUAGAAAUGUUCCGUUCGAUGCGGACGAACACCGUCUCCAGGAGUUCUUUUCAGCAUUUGGUGAACUGGAGUUCGUCAAAAUCGUUAAGGACAAGGUAACACAGCAUCCCCGUGGGACGGCGUUUGCCAAAUUUGUGCGCAAGGAAGACGCUGACCGCGUUUUGCUAGACAGCUCAAGGACGGAGGUAACUACCUCAUUUUUGCAAUACUUGCCCUUUCUCAGUCUGAUGCACAUGUUCCUUAGACCUCGCCUUAAUUGACCAUAAACGAAUAUUUACACUCCUCGACAGUUCUGCGUUGCCUCCCGUAGCUGCCAAAACAUCUCAGUAAAUGCUGAUUUGUGAAAACGUCUACUAACGGAAGGAUUUCUGUUCUUCCGCUUCUGACGUAACCUACUAUACGACAACCACUUGGCGAGUCCUGCAGUGCAGUUGCGUCACCACGGUCAUUGGCAACAAUCAAUUAUUUGCUUAUCCUGUCUGUCCAAUUCUCUUACCUCUUCCUCAAGCUGUGUGCAUUCCUUGCCAAUGAAUUGAUAGAUCGAAACACAAGUAUUCAGAAACCUCUUAAUAGGUUUCGAUGCAGCUGUCGACACACUAUUUGCGCAGCCCAAGUGACAAGAUGUACUCCUUCAGAAGGGCACGAACUAUGUGAACUUUUAAAAGACAAAACUGUAUGGAAUUGUACACUCGGUAGCAUGUCUUGCACAGAUCCUGCUAGUACCUUCUUAAAGUUUAUUUUGGUCAGACUCUGAUUGCAUCAGAACGACAGUUAACAACGUUGCUAGUAUGCCAAAUGUCCCGGAUAAAGCACAAGCGCCUAUACAUGCUUAUUGUUUUCAGAAUUCCCACAAGUUCAUUUUCGCUGGUCGUCAGCUGAUCAUAUCCCUCGCAGUAACUCCUAGCGACGUCAAGAAGCUACAAGAAGCACGCGCUGGUGGCCCGGCGGUAGAUUCCGUAAGCAAUAUCAGCAGCGGACGAAACCUCCAUUUAGCGCGAGUCGGAAGUGAGUUUUCUCUGACUUGACCUUUUCUUCAGACUCAGACUUGAACUGUUAUACCAAGACCGCGAUCUCCCCUUCUGCUUCGCUACAAUUCAUUCAUGCGUAUUUUAUUCGUAGUUCAAUAUCUUAGGCCACAGGGUCCCGGUUUACCUUGAGAUAUAGCCCCCUCCCUCAAAAAAGCCCUUUCUCGUUCUACGUUCCCUUUAUCUUUGUAAACCAUGUUUUCAACCUUGCUUAUCCACGCAGAGAAUAUCAAGUUAUGCUCACCAUCAAGACCUGAAUAGCAUGUGACUAUAAUACUUAACUGCCAAUUGAUCUCGAUUCAAAUCCUGUGUGUUCUGGUGUUCUGUUGUGACCAGUUAGAACGGUAAGGAAACUGGAAAUGACCAUUCCCCUUGACAUUUGAAAUUGUUUAUAGCUAUGCGACCGCCUAGUUGAUCUGCCUAGUAGGAACUGCAAGGCAAACCAGAGAAGCACGUCUCGUCCUAUAGCCAUCUUGAUAUGACAUCGCGUACUCGACUUUGAAUAUUUCCGAUAACAGCGGGCAAGGCCGGCUGCGGCUCAAUUAUUAGUGUUUAGCUGAAGUGUUGGGUGGAUGGCUGACCCUGACUCAAACGUCAGGUGCCACUGCCACUAGGUUUGGGGCUUUGUCGGGUGGCGAUGGCAAAUAGGCCUGAAACUGCGGUUCUUGUCUACUCUAUACCUGUUGGUCUUCUUUCUACAUUUACUGGACUAUUUCACAACAGGUAUUCUUAUUUGCUGCAAAGCAGACCUUUUGAUUUGUUCUACGUUAACCCUGUGCCCCUCACUUCACACUACAGUGAUUCGUGCUGGCACGGCCGCCGCGGAGGGUCUGACGCCACAAGAACUGGCCAUGCGGGAGUCCCUUAUGCGAGCAAAGCAGGCCAAGCUUAGAGAUCCCAGCAUAUUCAUCAGUCCUCUGCGUCUCUGUCUGCGCAACAUACCAACCACCGUGGACGACAAAAUCCUCAAGAAAGUUUGCCGCCGACUGGCUGGUCCCACGGCCCACAUCACUGAGGUAAUUAGUCCUCCACAGUCCCAAAUCUUGCUAUUUAAUUUACUUUUUAUCUGGUAGUAUUUCUAUUGUCUACGUGGUAGCCAAGGAAAGUCCAAAGACUUAGGUAGCUCCAAAGUAAAAAGCGGCGAGCUGAAUUAGGAGCAAUGAUUGCUCAUUCUACGAUCAAGUAAAGCCAACUCGACUGGCAAUUUGGCAAUUGACGAAACAAAAAUACGCCAAGCAUAUGUGUACUUGGGUAUAUUUAACGCGGACUGUCCAUGCGUCCAGGAUGCAAGGUGCGUAUCCUAAGGAGGUCUCGACAGGGGACCUUUUUUUCCUGUCACGCCAUGCAGACAUGGAGGCAUGCACAAAAUAUUCUUUCCUUUACUCAUUCGGUAGGAAAUUACGUCUUCAAAUUUCAUGCUGAGAGAAAGAGUAUCAUUUGGUUUCGAAAAAGUUUCUAAUUAUGAGGUUUUUGAAGACCACGAAAUGGCCAGUCGUGCAGCAUCGGAACAGCGCAUUUAUUAAUUCUGCUUACGAAGCGGACAACGUAGUCCACCUCCAUUACGCAAUUUUAUGAUCCCUAUAUGUCCUUUCCAUAAUAUCACUUAGAAAUGUAUGGUUUUCCUUGCACGAAAAGUGUACAGCUUUUAGUUCGGAAGCCCUGAAUGCAAGUGUAACGGCAGGCCGAGUUCAAAAUCAUUCGGGAUUGAGAAGACUUUCCAAAACCGAAAGAUACUCAUUCUUCAGGUUUAAGAUUUUGUAGUUUGCUACCAGAUGAGUAGAAGGAAGAGAUAUUUGGGCAUGUUUUCUAUGAAGUAUAUUCGAAUUUAUAAGGAUAUUAGAAAUUAACGAGAAAAAACUUCAUGCCAAUUAGGUAGUCAUUUUUUACGGAAAUAGUUCAUGCGAGCGGUAGAGAUAGAGAGAGCCCAUUCUAAAGUCGUCAUCCCGACUUGACUGAAUUACCUUAACAUUAUGCGCCAGGAUGAUAAACAUUCCAACCCUACUUAAGCAAUCUUUUGGAAUUGAAAACAGUUCAGAGUCGCAGUCAACAUUUCAUGAGAUAGCGUCUCUACUGUACUCUUUGCAACUAGCACUACUUUUUAAUGAUAAACGAUUGGGUCAGAUGUUUUUGAGAGAUCACCUGUGUUUUCGUGCGUCGUUUAAAUGUUCAAUUAACGUAAAUCCCCCAAAAUAGCAGCUUCGUUAGAUUUACCUUGACCAGGAACGACUGCCAUGCGUCUUGAGCGGACUUCAAGGAGCUGUGGAUGUAGGCUAGGCAGACGCUAUAGUUAAUGCGACAAAACAGUCGCCAAAUUGAGAAUUUUUCCACCAGAAAUAUUCUUUCCUUUCAAAUAGCGAAUUUCAGCAAUAAUUGGUUUCUUAUAGAGGAGCUUUAAAAGUGAACUUUUUCUAACGCUUCUUGGUAGAAUAAUUGACUUUUAAAGGGAGCGACCUUUUUUCGACUGCGACCGGUCCGCAUGGCUGAGAUGAAUUUUGAUUGAAAGCGAGUAGACGUAGUUAGUGAAUUAAUUUUUAUGCUCUACUAUCAGGUCUCUAAUAUUGCACAACCUGUUGAUAAUUUUACUUCUCUCAAUGUUUUGAUAUGUUUGGUGCAUACAAUAUGCGCAUUUUCUCAGCCGGCGCUGACGUGGUUUUCGGUUUUGAUCACGUUGAAGACCAAACUUCCUUAAAACGGCCUGUUUCUGUACGAAUUUCGGCUCUUUGAAAAUACCCAGCGAUGUUGAGGUGGUGACUUUAGCAUGAAGGUCACCCAUUUUAAUAAAUAGAAGGGUAGAUAUAAUAUGUUUUCAAGGAGGAUCUUAUUCUUCCCUCCGUGAUCGGAACCUCUGGCCUAGGUUGCCACAAAUGCACAAUCGUGUAGAACUCUGGGCUGCUUAAAUGCUGCUACGUUGUUUUGCUUGACGAUAACUGGAUCCGAUCGGCCAAAAGCAAUUUGGUGCACAUAUGUGUAUCAAAGUCGAAGGGCUACAUCGGGGGCUGGAUGAUGUCUUUCCAGCCAUACAAUUUACCUUUGAAGAAGGAGUAGGAGACAGUCUGCCGUUUCUGGACGUGAAAAUACAAAGGCUGAACGAUGGUAGUCUCGCAACCAGCGUCCGCAGAAAAGGGUCUGAUUCUGAGAUCACCCCCAAUUAUGGAAGGAAUCAUCCUGCGGCCCACAAAAGAAGCUGCGUCCGAACUCUCUUCCACCGGGCCUAUCGUUAUUGAAGAAAGAACUAGCUUUUUUGUAUCGGAUCUAACGGAUAUUCGGUCAGUUUUAUGAAGAACUGCCUCAGGCGUUAGGCAUAAUCUCGAGGCCCCUCCUCAAAUGGAGAAAUCGUGACACAUAAACUCUUUUCCCUGCCCUAUAUACAGGGUACCUCAGGAAUGAUCGCCCGUCAGCUAAAUCAGUUCGGUAUCCGCGUUGCCCACAAGACUGCAUUCUCGAUGCGCGCAGCCUUAUCUCGAGUAAAGGAUCUUAUCCCCAAAGAGGAGAAGACUAAUGCCAUCUAUCGCAUCCCAUGUGCCAAUUGCCCCUGCGUAUAUGUUGGUCAUGCAGGACGACGCCUGGGAACUAAAAUUAAUGAACAAAAACCAGCUGUCCGUCUCCGUGACCCACUGUCCCUCGUCUUUGCACACGCGCUCCAGUGCGACCACCGAUUCAGUUGGGAUGACACUGAGGUCAUCGCCACAGUCAACACAAAGUGGCCGAGAGAAUUCCUAGAGAAAUGGUACUCUAAUGCGGACAGCAUAAACCGCCACGUUGACCUAGACGCUCAUAAUGAGGACCUAAGAUCACGUCUCACUAAGCCGAGCCCCACGCCGUCAGCGGCCGCUAAUCUAGGCGCCCGCAGCUCCGCCAGCCUACCAUGCUCCCUCCCCCUCCAACACGGGGAGCCGUAACUAUUCUCUCUCCCCCCUUCUCCCCUCCCGGCUCAGAGCGCAGCGUGACUCCUGCCCACAUCAUUCCGCAGAUGUUAAUGGUCCGCCUGUCAAUGUCCUAUCACGUCAACUAGUCUAGUGGGACUGUCUCACUUUGUCUUUUAUCUUCAUUUCGUCUGACGACGGUUGGUGUCACUAACUCGAAAAUUCACGAGUACAACUCGACUUUUUCCAAAGAACCUCUUCCCUUUCCAUUAUAUCGUCUCGUAAUGCAUACCACCUCUGCUCUACAACAUAUGUGUGUAGCUACCGUAACCAAUAGCGGUACGAGGCGCCGGUAUACCGUUUCAGAAAGUAAACUUUCCGACAGGCUCACAUGACUUCCAGGAGCUCCAAGUUCAUCCGCUGCAUGCUUGAUCGUCCUUGCUUUGAAAACUGAUGGCAUUAUACUCUACGACCCGAGGGUAGGCCAGAUGUCUUAUCAGACUGGUUUCUGUCACCUAAGUUAUCAGCACGUAUUUGGUAUACGACAGGCGGACGCGAAAUGCCUUGUCAAUCACCGCGCCGAUUUGACCUGGUUUUCUCACCAAAUCACCAAUCUUUAGGUAGUUUUCCUGUUGAAACACGGAAGUAUCCUGACAAGAUAAUCUUUACCAUGGUCGUAAUAUAACUCCUUCCCACCGUCUUUGCACCUCCAGUGUCGCGUCAUGCGGGACCUCAAGAGCGGAAAGUCAAACCCCAAAUCUCUAGGCUAUGCCUUCGUUGCUUUUGACGAACACAAGGACGCCCUAAAAGUCCUUCAGGUCCUCAACAACAACAGUGCCAUUCUUGGAGGCAGCCGCGUAAGUCCAUUGUUCUAGUUCUGCCUCCUCCCAUUUCCACGACCUCUACGCCUUUCUCGUUGUCUAGCACUUUAAACAGACCGCGGGCCAAGUCUCCUUUGUUGUUGUUGUUGUUGUCGUCGUCGUCGUCGUCGUUGCUGUUGUUGUUGUCGUCGUUGCUGUUGUUGUUGUCGUUCUUCUUUUUCUUAAUCUUCUUCCUCUUCCUCCUCCUCCUCCUCCUCCUCCUCCUCCUCCUCCUCCUCCUCCUCCUCUUCUUCUUCUUCUUCUUCUUCUUCUUCUUCUUCUUCGUCCUCUUCUUCUUCGCCCCUCUUCCCAACGCCGCUCUACUUUGCUCUCGGUAUGUCCUUUGAAACUUUCCGAAAAUGCGAGUCCCUAGGGUGCGCUGAAAGCAGCGGUCACAGUCCGGUAACCGCAUGACCGUCAGACCCAGCUGAUUCGUCUCCGAACGAAUCCAAGUUUAUCUGAAGGAGAAGCAGUUGCAUGGAAUUUCUAGACGAGGGCCUUAUGUCCCAUCUCAUCGUCACUCUUCUCUACUCUGAAACAUGAUGGAGUUAGGAAAUGAGACCCGCUGGCGCGCAAGUGUUUCUCAUUAUCAUCCAGUCCUCGCGCAAGUCACCACUAUUCUCCGGGAAAAUGGUAGUCGUCGUCGUCGCGUCCGGUGGGCCCACUAUCAUUCACAAUUUUCCUACUGUACGUUACACUGUGGACGUUUUCGACGAUUUCGUAGAUUUCUUCAGAGUAACGAACAUUCAAGUCUGGCUCGCGGUCUUGGUAUCCAGUCCUCUCUCGGGUUUUGUUGGUGUUCUUCAGUUUUGACGUUCAUCAUUACGCAGCUGCAUCGUGACCUGAUUUCGCGAGCAGUCAUACAGUCACAUGUUUACUGAAAUAGUCCACCAAGCGAGCAGACGCGGAGACCUCAGGUACUGUCUGCCUAUUUCGACUCUUUGAAAGCUUACAAGGGAUGUUUCGAGCGCGCCCAGAAAAUCUGAGGGUAGUAAUGACCGCAAGGUUCAUACACACGGGCGUCCCGAACCGGUGUUGAGUGAAUCAUGAGUCAUCUGUUUCGGCAGCACAUUCGCUGUUCGCAUUUGCACCGGUUGCAAAUCCUGUCGCAGUGCUGUUUGCGUCCGCCAUCUGCCUACUCCCCCCCCCCCGCAAUGCCACUGCACGUGUCCAGCCGGGUAAUCCGCAGGAAAGUCCACAUGGCGGUUGGUUGGUGUCACAACCGUUUGUCAGUCCUGCAGAGUCGCUGGCCGUUCAGUCUCCAUGUCCUGCACUGACUGUCUGACACUACAAAACUUUUUACCAAGGCCGGAGAAUACUAAAAAUACUACCUUCCUGUGUUUUGGUGAAUUUCGGACUUGACGAUGUACUAACAUACCGCGUUUUGGCAGUGAGGUCCAUAUUUGACUUCUCGUUUGCAGGCCAAGUAGUUCUAACCGUUCAAAAUGUAUUUUCUCCCCCUAGCGUCCUAUCGUGGAAUUCUCCCUCGAAAAUUCUCGAGCCCUUGAAAAAAGACGCCGACGGGAAGAAAAGAGCAGGGUUCGUUUUUUUCGAAAUUUAUUUGACUCCACUGCUCAAUCUACUUAAUAACGAACAGUAGUAGUGCAUGAUAAUUUUUACUUUCAACAGAUGGUUCAACAGGCCGAUCAGGUCUGUCCGCCUGCAAAAAAGCCCAAGGUGCUUAUUCCACGGCCGAAAAAGGUAAAGGGUUCCACCAAAAACACACCCCGAAUUCUCCCAAAGAAGUUCGGCGCAAAGAUAAGGCACAAUCGUCCUAAGGCGACUGCUGGGAAAGGCAAGAAGAAGAGUAAAACUGCCUUGCGGACACGGAAGGCGGGUCAUGGCCGAUCAGCCAAACGCCAGGCCAAAGCUCGAGGCUCGUAA